CUCCUGCACCAAAAAUUUGGGAGAAGUAAACGUGGGAUUCACAGUUUUUCUCUUCAUAUUUUUUCUAAGCAUUUCAUUACUUCUGGGCUGUUUAUAGCAAAAAUACCGAUUUGAGGCAUUGCCCACAAAGUGCAGCGAAAUGUUUUGAUACAAACUCCAUUGCAAAAUCAACUCUAAAUGGACAGCUUUCGCCAAUGAAAUAGAAAGAGAUCAGAGGAAAUUCUACACGUUUCAAGAAACAGGGCAAGUCAGAGAAAGGGAAGAAGGAUUUUCACAUCGGGUAUUGAGAUUCAGCAAUUGUGAAGGAGACAACGAUGAGCGAGAAAGGAGGUGAGUCAGCAACUCUGAAAGAGACAAGCAUGAGGGACAAAGGAAGUGAAUCAGCAUGGGUGGAAGAAGUGAAGUACAGAUACACAGAGGGAGCUUGGAGUAGAAAAAAGAUGAGAGAGUCUUUCGGAACUGUUUGCAUUUACAGAAUUCCCAUGUUUCUCAGGGAUUUAAAUACUGCAGCCUAUACACCUCGUGUUGUAUCCUUGGGCCUUUUCAAUCAUCAACCCACUAAGGAGUUGUCUGAAAUGGACCGUCCCAAAGUGGACGCCCUUCUGAAAAUGUGGCAAAGGCUUCCACCACAAAAGCAAACCUCCUUAUUCGAUGUGUUUAAUAAAGAAUCCUCCAUCUCUCGCAUAACAAGCUGCUACGAAGAAGAAACAGAUGCCGCGGAUGAUACUGUUGUUUGGAAUUGCCUUCUGGAUGGCUGCUUUAUUCUUGAAAUUCUUAGAGUUCUGACACGGCCAGAAGAGAAAAAAGAUCAGCCUGGCUUUCCUCCUCCUUCAGAUGCUGAGGAGGAUUCUGAUCCCAUUUACAACAAGAACAGAAUCAGAUCUUGCCAAUUUGAUAUCCUGGGUGAUCUUUUCAUGAUGGAAAAUCAGAUCCCCGUUGUGGUUCUGGUAAAGCUAUUGCAAUUGGAGAUGGAUCCACCUCAGAAUGCUGCGAAAGAAUUGCACAGAAUGCUUCGUGAAAUAACUUUAAUAGUUCACCCUUUCCUAGCCAGGGGGUUUCGCAAGGAAACACCAGAUUGGAUUGAAGAAGAUAAAGAUCUGGAGAAAUACAAUCACAUGCUAGGACUGUUCCACAGCUUUGUGACAGAAGAACACCUAAUUCGGGGUCAAAAAGAUAAACCCCAACAAGAAGCUAAAAAUGAUUCUUCUACUAUUUGCAUUUCAAUAAAAAAUUGUAUGGGCAAACCUCAGGAAGGAGAUCAACUGCAAACUCAGGGUGAUAAAAAACAAAAAGAGACCGAGGAAAAACAUGAUGAUGAGCGGUUCCUCAAAGCAUUUAUAAAGUCUUCGGCUUCUGAGCUGUUUAAUUCAGGUAUGAAGUUCGUGCCUUACUAUGGAGUCCCAUCAAAGGAAAAACUAUCUUUUGAUAAGAAUAAGAGGGCUCUUUCUCUGCCCACGGUUUUUAUCACAGAUUCUUCCGAGAUGAUCUUCAGGAAUCUGAUGGCCAUGGAGGCAUGCCGGCCAGAAAGUGCCAAACAUAUUUCAUACUAUGUAUUGCUGAUGAAUACCUUAAUUGAAGGAGAGGAGGACGUUGCCGUGCUGAGGAGAACAGGGGUUAUUCAGAGCUCCAUGGGGACCGAUGAUGAAGUGACCGAUCUGUUCAAUGAGCUUUGCAAAGGACUGGACUUGCAGGAUAUUGAUGAAGACCCAUUUGUGAAGGUAAAAUUUGAUCUGAAUGGCUGGUAUAAUGACCGGCACAUGGUAAAAUUGAAAAAGUGGAUGAAGAAAAAUCCCAAGUUUGUCAAGAACGUAUCUAUGUUUUGGGCAAUCCUACUUGUUUUAGCUGCUGGUCUACACACUCUUUUCCCAAUAUUCCAAAAAUAUAUAAAAAGUCAAAACAAUUCUUGAAUGAAGCUCACCCUGCCAGCUCUAGUUUAGUUUUUUCUCCACCCUGUGAUGUAGGGUGGACUCUUUUAGGUUCCACGCUAGCACGAGUGCACUGAAUAAGUCUGUUUGGUUUUCCGCACUACUAUUAUGUAUAUUGACGACUUUAAACAAAUUUCAAAUCAAUCUCGGUUGCUACAUA